AUGUAUCACAACAAAAGAUCAGCUGUUUCGACGGUCCCCAAUGAGGAUCCUAUAAGGGUUGGAUUCAUUGGAUUAAGCUUUUCCAAAGGAUGGGCAUUAAAGACACAUAGGCCUGCGAUUCUCCAACUAUCAUCACAAUUUGUCAUUACUGCGGUUUAUGAUGAGGAUGAAAAAAUGGCUAUAGAUACGAUUGAACGGUUAAAAUUAGUUCAUGCAAAACCAUUUACUGAUUUAGAAUCAUUUUCCACUUUUGAGAAUGUGGAUAUGAUUGUUGUUAGUGUUCAAGCUUCUCAACAAUAUGAGAUUGUAAUGCCGUUAUUAGAAUUUUCCAGGAGAAAUAGUAAUUUAAAAUACCUUUUCAUAGAAUGGGCGUUUGCAUCUAAUUUACAGCAGGCUGAGAAAGUAUAUCAGGCCGCUGCUAUUCGCGGAUUGCAAACCAUAAUUGCAUUACAAGGUAGGAAAAGUCCGUACAUACAAAGGGCCAAAGAAUUGAUUCAUGAAAAUAAUAUUGGUGAAAUAAAUUCAAUUGAAAUUUCGUGUAAUGCCUGUUGGUAUGGAUAUGAGAGAUCAAGAAAAGUUGCUAAUGGUAUGUUCGAGAUGGGUAAUGGACUUGACCUUGUAACGACAACAUUUGGUCAUACCAUUGACCUUUUACAAUACAUUACAGAAUCUUAUUUUUCCAAAAUCAAUGCAUUAAUCUUCAAUAACAUUCCAGAACAAAUGCUAGUUGAUGAUCUGGGGAAUCCAAUGGGUCGUACUUCGCCAAAGACGGUACCUGACCAUCUUUUAUUCCACGGUUGUCUACAGAGGGGCAAUGUGCCCGUCAGUUGCACGAUUAAAGGUGAUAAACCCACUAAAAAAUUCACCAAAAAUUUUAUUAUCGAUAUACAUGGCACUAGAGGUGAUAUUAAAAUUGAAGGUGACGCAGGUUUUGCAGAAAUGUCUAAUUUAGUACUCUAUUACAGUGGGAUACGAGUUAACGAUAUUCCAAUCGCUAGCGAUAAUGGUCAUCCCGUUCAACCAUCAUUGGAUCAAGGUAAAGAAUUUAUGGAAGUGUACCACCUGCGAAAUUAUGAUGCUGUUCAUGGGAACGUUUUCCGAUUAUAUCAAUCUAUUGCAGAUUUCCAUUUUAACACUAAAAAUAUACCCAAUCUACCAUCACAAUUUGUCAUGCAAGGUUUUGAAUUUGAAGGUUUCCCCACUUUAAUGGAUGGCUUAAUUAUUCGUCGACUGAUCGACAGCGUCUACAGAAGUAAUUCGAUGGGGGCUACACUAGACGUCACUCAUAUUUUGCAAUUCCCAUCAAGCGUUUGA